UUCCAGCACCGGGUACAUUCUUUAGCUCCAUGAAUUACUAACCAAUGAGAAGCCGAGGUGGAACCUUUGACAGGAAGACUAGUUUGAUUGCACUCUGAGGUGUGGGGUUGAUUUUGGGAAGACGUUUUUUGUGGUUGUAAUUUAAAAUAUUUAUAUAUAUUUGGUAUUAAUUUAAAUGUACCAGAUUAUCUGAUAUAUUUAUUCAAAGAAGUAAAAUAUAAGGCGAGGACAUGGCUGCAGAAGUGACCCAGAUUGCUGAACAGCUGUCACUUGGGGAGCUGUAUGUCUCUGAUAAAGAAGGAGAUGAUUCAACUGGAGAUGGGACGAAAGAGAAACCUUUCAAAACUGCAUUGAAGGCAAUGUUGUUUUAUGGAAAGGAACCAUUUCCCAACAUUUAUGUCGACUCACAAAAGGAUGAUGAGCGCUGGGCUCGUAUAUCUAAAACCCAGAUGAAGAGUGUUGGAAAGCUCUGGCAUCGGGAACAAAUGAAAAAUGAAGCCAAAGAUAAAAAAGAGGCGGAAGAUGCAAUUCGCAGAGAAAAGAACUUGGAAGAAGCUAAAAAGAUUGUGAUCAAGAAUGAUCCUAGUCUUCCAGAGCCUGAAACACUGAAGAUUCGAUCUUUGGAGGAAUUCAGGGAUCGUCGUGUGAAAGUGUUUGGCUGGGUGCACAGGUUGCGCAGACAAGGGAAGAACCUGAUGUUCAUAGUUCUUCGAGACGGUACAGGCUACCUGCAGUGUGUCCUUACUGAUGAGUUGUGUCAAUGCUAUAAUGCGAUGGUCCUGUCCACUGAAAGCACUGUUGCGCUUUAUGGAACGCUGAAGCUUGUGCCAGAAGGGAAGCAAGCUCCGGGAGGCCAUGAGCUCCGCUGUGAUUUCUGGGAGCUGAUUGGCUUGGCUCCAGCCGGUGGUGCUGAUAAUUUGCUCAAUGAAGAGUCGGAUGUGGACGUGCAACUGAACAACCGGCACAUGAUGAUCCGUGGAGAAAACAUGUCCAAGAUCCUGAAAGUGCGCUCUGCUGUUACACACUGCUUCAGAGAGCACUUCUUUAGCCGGGGAUACAAUGAGAUCACACCCCCUACCCUGGUGCAGACUCAAGUUGAGGGAGGAUCCACUUUGUUUAACCUGAACUACUUUGGGGAAGAGGCAUACCUAACCCAGUCUUCCCAGCUCUACCUGGAAACAUGCAUUCCAGCCCUGGGAGAUACCUUCUGUAUCUCCCAGUCCUACCGCGCAGAACAGUCUAGAACACGCAGACAUCUGUCAGAAUACACUCACGUUGAGGCAGAGUGUCCAUUCAUUUCAUUUGAGGACCUGCUGAACCGUCUGGAAGACCUGGUUUGUGAUGUUGUGGACAGGGUUCUGAAGUCUCCAGCUGCUGCCAUGCUUUAUGAUGUUAACCCAGAUUUCAAGCCCCCUAAACGUCCUUUCAAGAGAAUGAACUACCCAGAGGCCAUUACCUGGCUGAAGGAGCACGAUGUGAAAAAAGAGGAUGGGACCUACUAUGAAUUUGGAGAAGACAUUCCUGAAGCUCCUGAGAGACUCAUGACUGACACCAUCAAUGAGACCAUCCUGCUCUGUCGCUUCCCAGCUGAGAUCAAGUCUUUCUAUAUGCAGCGCUGCCCUGAAGAUAGACGCCUUACUGAAUCAGUUGAUGUACUGAUGCCUAAUGUUGGAGAGAUUGUUGGAGGGUCAAUGCGUAUCUGGGAUAGUAAAGAACUGCUGGAUGGCUACAAGAGGGAAAACAUUGACCCCACUCCCUACUACUGGUACACAGAUCAGCGCAAAUACGGCACCUGUCCUCAUGGUGGGUAUGGUCUGGGGCUGGAGCGAUUCCUGACCUGGCUGCUGAACAGACACCAUAUCCGGGACGUGUGCUUGUACCCACGCUUCAUCCAGCGCUGCAGACCUUGAGUGGCAUCCCUUCAUCAAUGGAAAACAACAGUCCACUCUAAACAUAGCAGAGAAAUAAUUAUCCUUUGGAAAUCAGAUUCUUAAAUAAGCAAACAUUGCAAACUGGCUGUAUGUUGUAGCUUUUCUUGAUUCCACAUUGUGAGAAGUGUUGGUUGUCUGUAAAAACAACACUGCCUAGUCUGCAAUAAAUCCAUGUCAUUAAAUGCAUUGGGUGUCUGCAAAACUUUCAGCACUUGAUUAUAGUUUGUUUUGCAAUACAGACAAUUCUCAUUCAGUUGUGCAAUCACAUAAUACUCCCUAGAGACAUAAUACUCCCUACGGACAAAUCUCCAUUUAAUGCAUACAGAUAUCUAGGUCAAAGACUCCCAAAUACUGUUGGUUAUUCUUGACUAAAUGUCGCUUUACUUAGUGUGGAUAUUAUGAUUUCUGUGGUAUCAUCUUUGUCUGGUGCACUGAUUGAGUCAACAUUUAAUGCUGUAGCUGCAGCUUGGUUGUGUAUUCAGGGACUGUAAACUGUUUGUAGAGACCAACAGGUGACUUGCUUUGCCAUUACAGGUAGUGUAAUGCUUGCACUAUAUAUAAAAAAAUAAAAAGGUUAUGUGCCAUCUUUAAGUGA